AUGGAGGUCUCAAAUAAAGCUGGCUCGAACAUGCCCGCCAUGAUCAGGAACGUAAAAGCUGCUCAACGCGAUGCCUUCCUUAAAGGACUUCAUGAACUCUUGAGACUACUCCGCCAGCAUGCCCAAAUGCGGGACAAUCCUCACGAUGGCCGCACUCCUAGGCCUCUCUUCUUCACUUGGGAAUUCAUUCAGCGCACUUGCGGCAACCUUUCGCAGGUCCCAGUCGACAAGCUCGAAGCCAACGACAGAGAUGCACUCGAGAAGUACAGUGAUUGCGUGGGCCGUGCAAUCAUGGCCGAAAUCGUGAUCACGGAGAAGACGCCCAUGGCUGCUAUUAUGAGAGGCGGCGAGCUGGACUUCGGAUAUGUGGCCAGGAAGGCAGCAAAAGCGGCAGCUGUUGCGGGUGGGGGUGAGGAGGGAAAGCGUCAUGUUUGA